CUACCUACCUACUCCCACCCACCAGAAUCAGAACAGAUUCACUAUCCUGUCAGUCUCAUCAUGAUAUAUUUCUCCACCUGCCCUAACCCAAAAACAUCAGUUGAUAGCACCUCUGAACAGCCCUUGGCUUAGGGUUGGACCUUCAGUUGUGGAACUUAUGCGACACUGUUUACAUGGACACAACAGUUGUGUACAAAAUGUGGGUUGAAUAUGACUGCAAUGUCACAUUCUGUCUCCCCUGUAUCAUUUACUACAUCAUACAAUCUCAUGCAUCAACAGGUCCACAUCAGACACAGGACACUAUGUUCUCUCCUGUGGGAUGAAAGAAGAGCUCCUGCUGGGUCAGGUGAAGGGUUGAAGACGAGGCUACUCACCGUGUUGCUUUUCACUGCUGCUGGAUGAGGAACCACACAGGAAUGUGCACGUCUUGGUUUUCUGUGGGACAUCAAGUUUUAUUGCCCCUCCAUUUCCUGUCUCUCCAAGUUUGCAGCGAGGGCGUUAAGUGUUUGCAUUCGCACAGGGGGGGUCGCACUGGUAGGAAGAAAAAGAAAAGGAGGGUAUGUUGCUCAAACAAACAAGUAGGAGUCAUCAGAGAAGGAGCGGCAGAGGACAUCACAGAUACUUUCUUAAAGACAGCUGAGAGGAGGAAGAGGAAGACACCAAAGUGUUUUGGACCUUCAGACUUUAGAAAUCUGAUUCCUCGUUCAGGUUCGUUCAGAGCUUACCUCCAGAGUCUGGAGAAGUGUGUCCCCUCACAGCCCAGCGUGGACAGCACAACGAUGGGAAUCAAGGAUGACGACUGUACUUACAGGAGAGAUCUUCUCCACAGUGACGUGACGACUGGGAGUUUCAACACCUCGCUGCUGGACGACUCGCUCAGCCUUGAAUCUGCUUCACUUGAUGACAGCGCUGUCAGUGCUGCUGAUGAUGGAGGAGAGAACAGCCACAAGAAGCAGAGCUGUGAGGACGAUGAGGAAGGUCACCUGGUCCAUCACCUCGGCCUUGUGAUGAAACAAAGAUAUGAGGUGGUCUCUUCUCUGGGAGCUGGAGCCUUUGGAAAGGUGGUGGAGUGUAUUGAUCGGGACACAGACAAGCAUGUGGCUGUGAAGAUUGUGAGGAACAUUGAGUGUUUCCGUGACGUAGCGAGGUCUGAGAUCGCAGUGCUGGAGGAGAUCAACAGACUGGAUGACGACAACAGAUUCGCCUGCGUGAGGAUGCUGGACUGGUUCGAGCACGAAGGUCACAUCUGCAUCGUGUUCGAGCUGCUCGGCCUCAGCACCUUCGAGUUCCUACAGCAGAACGACUUCCUGCCGUUCAACGUGGAGCAGAUCAGACACAUGGCCUUUCAGAUCUUCAGAGCCGUCAGCUUCCUUCAUCGUAACAAGUUGACACACACCGACCUUAAGCCAGAAAACAUCCUGUUUGUUUGCUCUAACUGUGAGAACAUCGGAGAGGAGGAGAGGAAACUGAGGAGUCUGGAUGUGAAGGUGGUGGAUUUUGGCACCGCCACAUUUGAUCAUGAACACCAUGAAUCUCUGGUGUCGACACGGCAUUACCGAGCUCCAGAGGUCAUACUGGAUCUGGGCUGGAACCAGUUGUGUGAUGUCUGGAGUCUGGGCUGCGUUGUCAUGGAGUUUUACCUGGGACGUACACUCUUCCCGACCCAUGACAGUAAAGAACAUCUCGCCAUGAUGGAGAAAGUCCUUGGACCUAUUCCCCCCCACCUGCUGAAACUGACCAAAAAGCAGCAUUACGUGCACAACGAGUGUCUGAACUGGGACGAGCAGAGCUCCUCUGACAAAUACAUCACGAAAAACUGUAAACCACUUAAACAGUUCAUGCAGACGAGGAGCGACGAGGAGCAGCAGCUGUUCGACCUGCUCGGCUGCAUGUUGGAGUACGACGUCUGCAGGCGGAUCACUCUGGAGGAGGCGCUGUGGCAUCCGUUCUUCAGCUCCUUGAGGACGCAGAAGAAUCAGCAUAGUUAACACACACACACACACACAUAUAUAUAUAUAUAUACUGUAUAUGUCAGCAUCUAACCCUAAUUUCAGCGUUGCGUUGACUAAACUGUUUGGGUUUAUUUAUCUGAUUUGAUGAUUUUCAUCGAUAGCGUCAGUCAUUAUGUCAGUUGUGGACACAUUCCUGUUUAUUUGAAAUACAUAUUCAGUCUGCAUGCCCUUCUAAAAAGUCUAAUGCAGAACAAUUCCAUGUUUCCCUUCAUUGAUUCUUAGUCCAUUGUGUCAACAGUUUAUUAAUAAAUAUUCUGCUGUUUAAA